AUGACUAUGUUGCCCGCAGUGACCCAUCGCCGUGCCUUUCGGCGGACAGACGACUUCACCCCGGGCACCCCCAAGUUGAAACUUGUGCAAGAAGAGAUCCGCCAGCUGGCACCGACAGAUGUGUUGAUCAAAGUUCACGCUGUCGCGCUGAACUACCGCGAUGCCAAUAUCGCGAAUGGUGGCAACCCAUGGCCAGUGGUUCCAAACGGAAUCUUGUGCAACGAUGCAGCGGGUGAAGUAGUUGCUGUCGGUGAUAAGGUGAAGACCUUGGCGAUCGGGAAUAGGGCCGGGCCUAUCACCGACACUGAAAACAUCUCAGGACGCGAGAUCAAGCGGUCUUGGCUAGCGGCCGAUGAGGAUGGAGUCAUGGCGGACUAUAUCAUCUUUGACGAGGCUGUCCUCUGUCUAUUGCCGGACUAUCUCGACUGGACGGAGGCUUCUAUGAUUCCCUGCGCGGGUGUGACUGCCUGGUCGGCGCUGAAGGGCAUGAGUAUCGGGCAAACGGUGUUGAUUCAAGGCACUGGAGGCGUGAGCGUUUUCGCACUCAAGCUCGCGAGCGCUGCUGGUCUUCGCAUUAUUCUCACAUCUUCCAGCGACACCAAACUUCAGCGAAUGAGGGACCAAUACCCGUCAAUCCUGACCGUCAACUAUUCAAAAACCCCAGACUGGGACAAAGAGGUUAUGAAAAUCACCGAAGGGGCGGGUGUGGAUAUCCUCGUGGAGAAUGGGGGAGCCAGCUCUCUGGUCAAGAGCCUGAGGUGCACAAGACGUGGAGGCAUUGUCAGUCAAGUCGGGUAUUUGUCGGGUCAAGACUCUGGAGAUCUGCGCGAGCUCAUUCCAACCAUCAUCGACCGCAGGGUCAUUCUCAGAGGUAUCAAUGCUGGCUCAAAGCAUGAUAUGGAGGAUCUUUGUGCUGCGCUGACUGCCGCCCAAACGCCUCUGAAAGAUCUGAUCGACCGGACAUUCGCGUUUGAGGAAGCCGAGGAAGCGGUUGAGUACAUCUGGCAGGGUAAGCAGAUUGGCAAGAUUGUUCUUACUCUUUAG